GGUGAAAGAUGAGUCAGCAGCAACGGCAUUCCUAAGCUAGAAGUGGAUGGGAGCUGUCACUAAGUUAGGGAUGCCAUAUACUGCGUGGCCACUUGGGGAAGUGGAGAGAGUUCCCACCCGGCUACGGCAGAACAGCAGAAGGCAGAGAGAACCAGCAGCCCAGAUACAGGAGACCUACAACAAAGCUGCCUGGGGAACAGCUGCUGAAGAAGCCCUUAAUGACCCAAUGCUCUCCCCACCUGGUGGAGGGUAAAAGUUUGUUUUUUGUUUUUCUCCUGGGAAUCUGCACAGUCCCAGAGAAAAGACCUAAGCACCCCAUCCCCAAAAACAACCCGAGGAGGCUUCUGGAAAGCUCAAAGUUGACAAGUCCCACCACGCAUGUGCUCAGUGCUUCCAAUCUGUGAUUAAGACCAUUGCUCUGCAUCCAGAGUAGGCAGCAGAGAUUCCCAAGUAUCCAAAGAAACCAAAACAGGUGGUGUAAUUUAGAACUGAUAAUGUCAUUUAAGUGUGGAAGCAAAACUGAUCCCACAGAUUUAGAAAACUGUAACAUUGCUUAUUGGGAGAAACUAGUGGCACCCUGUCUAGUUCUCCCCAAAUUAAAUAAAAGGUAAAUAAACGGUUGCGCAAGUCCCAUCAGCCUGGCGGAAAACCUCCGCCCCCGACUUUGCAGGACUGACAUCUGAAGACGUCAGAGACUGCGGUCACAACCGUCAGUACCUCUUCAGGGUCGCUGUGGCCCCCGCGUGACCGCAGGGCGCUUAACAUAGGCCAAAGAAGCCCCCCGCACCCUCCAGGAGGGAGAAAGCCCAAGUUCAGGUGGUGGUCCACACCCGACCCCGCCUCUCCCGGGACCACUUGGAAAGAGCCACAGCGAACUACUCGACCCAGGAGACCACUGGGCCACCAUUUCCGGCCUCCUCGGAAGUCGAGGCAACGCUCCUGACGUCAUGAGAACAGCUGGAGGCUGGCGGAUAUGCCCUGGCUGUUAUCCGGGGGCUGGUCGAGCGGAACGUCGUGGGGGUGGGGCCAGGCAAGCGCCACCUCUCAUUGGGCAAAACCUCCCGUCUCUCCCCUCACCGGCCAGUAGGAACCGGGCCACUAUACAGACUUGCAGGUUUAUAACAUGGUAAGGGAGAGCUGCUCCCAGAGCGGAGGGAGCCUAUAUAACUGUGGAACACUGCGGCACCUCCUAGAGGAACAGAGCGCUUCUCAGGCGUCAGAGGCCUCUGCAAAUGCGGGUCCGGCGGCCGCGGUCCCGCCUGUCUUUGCUGACGCUCAUGGGAAACGUAGUUUAAAGGGAGUGGGCGGUGCCUUCGGUGCUGGCGCGGGAUUGGUCAGCGCAGCGUCGCCGGGGCAACACCCGGCUGAGGCGCCCUGGGCUGCGCGGCUCCACUUCCGGGAAGCGGCCUCCCAGCAACGGCUCCGGGGUUGAGACCCCUUAACGACUCCAAGACACCCCCUUGAACAAGAAUGCCAUCCCCUCUGGGUCCCCCAUGCCUGCCCCUCAUGGACCCAGAGACCACCCUUGAGGAGCCUGAGACUGCCCGCCUCCGCUUCCGAGGGUUCUGCUACCAGGAGGUGGCAGGUCCCCGAGAAGCCCUGGCCCGGCUGCGUGAGCUGUGUCACCAGUGGCUGCAGCCUGAGGCACACUCCAAGGAGCAGAUGCUGGAGAUGCUGGUGCUGGAGCAGUUCCUGGGCACACUGCCUCCUGAGAUCCAGGCCUGGGUGCGAGGUCAGCGGCCAGGCAGUCCUGAGGAGGCUGCUGCCCUGGUGGAAGGACUGCAACAUGACCCUGGGCAGCUGUUGGGCUGGAUCACAGCCCAUGUCUUGAAGCAGGAGGUGCUCCCUGCAGCCCAGAAGACAGAGGACUCAUUGGGGAGCCCCCCCCACUCAGGGACAGUGGAGUCCCCUGGGGAGGGUCCCCAGGACACCAGAAGAGAGGGGUCUGUCCAGCUCAGCUGCAGUGUGAAGGAGGAGCCCAAUGUCGAUGGACAGGAAAUGGCACCCUCCAGCCCUCCACUUGCAGCUCAGUCCCCUGAGGGGCACCAUGGACACCAAGAGCCAGCCUCUACCUCCUUCCACCCACCCAGGAUUCAGGAGGAGUGGGGGCUGCUGGACCGCUCACAGAAGGAACUGUACUGGGACGCGAUGCUGGAGAAGUACGGCACAGUGGUCUCCCUGGGGUUACCACCCCACCAGCCGGAGGCACAGGCCCAGUCGGAGUUGGGGGUGCUGCUCACGGGGGCAGGCGUCUGCAGAAACCUGGGCUCAGGAGAUGAGAAUGAGGGUCUGCCGGGCAGCCCAGAGGCCCAGCCACCCCGGGGCCCGGGUCCUGCGGCGUGGGAUGGCCCGUCUGGGGCCACAGCUCCUGCCCCCACUGCACGCCCAGGGACACCACCAGCGCCCGCCAUGCCCACACCCACAGAGAUACGACUGGAGCCGGGCACCACCCCCAGGGCACACCCCUACAUGUGUGAGCAGUGUGGCCGCGGCUUCGACUGGAAGUCAGUGUUUGUUAUCCACCACCGGACACACACAAGCAGGCCAGGUUCACAGUCCCCAGGGCUAACCACUGGCGAAGGCACAGAGAAACCGCCUCAAGGAGAGCUGGCCUUUCCGCGCCACCCGCGACGGUCACUCACAGGCCCCCGGAGUUACCCAUGUGAGGAGUGUGGGUGCAGCUUCAGCUGGAAGUCACAGUUAGUCAUCCACCGCAAGAGCCACGCGGGCCAGCGGCGCCACUUCUGCAGUGACUGCGGCCGCGCCUUCGACUGGAAGUCGCAGCUGGUCAUCCAUCUUAAGAGUCACCGGCUGGAAGCUCCGUGAGCAGCCAGAUGGUGCAGUCCCUCAAGGCCUCAGUGUUCUCAGAGCCUGGAUGCAGCCUCUGGGGUACCAGCAGAAGACUCUGGAGGCAGCAGGGGUUACUGGAGUGAACAAGGGGUCCCAAGCCAGUCCCCUUUCCCUGGCCUGCCUUCCCCCAAAAGACCUGGGUGUAAGGAAAAGGAGUUGCUUCCUCCCUUCUUGCCCCUUCCUCCUGGAGGGAAGUCUGGGUUCCCUUCUAUGACUGGCCAGUGCCUGUGGGGUGACCGCCAAGCAUCAAGCUCCCUCCCUUCCUGAGCAUGGCCCGGGCUGACAACACUCCCCCUCCUGGGACCUCCUUGCCUCGGGUGGGUGUUCAAAAACUGUGCUUUCCUACCCCUCUGUGCACAGGCUGGGUUUGAGGUCUCCGUGUGGAGGGCAGCAGAAGACCCAGGAAAGCAAGGUUGGCUUCUGUUUCUCCUGCUCCGUGUGUGUGUGUUAGAAUUUUAACAUAAAUUCCACUUUCAUAAUACA